UUUGUAGAAAAAAAAGAAAAAAAUACGACGUAACCACGUGUAUGAUGCCCCAGGGCCAGGCCAAGACUCAGCAAGAGAUCAAAAAUCGAACAGCUGCAACACAUAUGAUUGGUCCGAAGACGUUCUUUCCUUCUUGUUCCCACCGCGCUGUAGCAACUGCAUGGACUUGGGAAACGAUGCGAGAGUCUGCUAACACUGUGAUGCACGCAUCUGUAUUCAGCCUCUGAGAGUGACUGGUGUUGUGUGGUUGCUGACUUUGCCAUGUACACCACUGUCACCCGUGGCUGUGUUCACUGGCUUCAGUUCGAGCGCUCGGAUCGAUUCGACACUCAGAACUAAACCGCUCGAUGGCUUCCGGAAACAUCCUGAAUUCUUGGACGUCCUUCAAGCCAGUCACUAUUUUGGUGAAUUCGAGUCCUACCCGUAGGUUUGAAAUAUAGCUCCCCGCUCGAAUCCACUCGAUUUCAGCCAAGGAUAUGCACAAGUACGAGGCUCGUAGUUGUAGCCUCGUGACAGGCUGGAGUGUGGAUGGCGAUGUGUUUGCAGAAUGUGGAGUUGCCGCACUACUUCAGCAUUUUCCCAGAACAUGUCACGAACAAAAACCUGACUCGCCGUCACUGCACUGUAAAGUGCGGAAGACCCAAAAUUAUUUGGUCGACAGCCUGUAGCCUGUGCAGGGAUGCUGCCUGGCAAGCUCAGCGAAUCACCACCAAUUCUACGUGAGCUGUGUGGCUGAGCAAGCAGAGACUGAGAGACAGAGGGCCCACAAUGUCUGCCUGGCUGCACGAAGCACUACUUGGAUUUCUGGUAUUGCUGGUUGGUCCUGUGCUGCUGCAGUGUAGUGGAUUCUCAGAACCAGCCUCUGAAGACAAUCCGUACUUUGCUUAUAGCUAUCCAGAGCCAUCCUACAGUCAGUACUAUGGGGAGCCUCUGGACAUCUACUGCUUCUCUACUGCACAAGACAUAUUAGCACGGUCCACGGCGGUGAGCUGUCAUGCCGAGGCUGUUCCCGAUGUGCCGGGCCGGGGCUUGACCUGCUCUGGCGGGGCCAGCGAAACUGCUAUACAGUUCAAUAUCGAUCGGCUAAGAGAGUUCCACAGUGGCCUGUAUCGCUGUAGAACAGUGGGCCACACAUCCUUCGCACCCUUCCGUAUCAUUGGCAGCCAUCGCAUCCCCAGUGUUUCGAUCACUGCCGUCGUGCCAACUCUUACCAUGGCAACGUCCGAACGGUCCGAGACCGUUUACCUGCUGCACGACACCGGCAUCACAGCUGACGCGGAGCUCAUAUCUGUUCACUGUCGCAGUGCGGUUGUUACCGGUAGUGCGUCUGCUGUCCGUAAGGUGACAUGGGAUCUUCUUGACGAACCGUAUAACCCUGAUCAGCAUCUGAUAUCGACUGCUACCCAUGCGAACAUCUUGGUAAACCAAACAGACUUGGAGCCAUACCAGCACCUGCGGUGUACUGCUCACUACAAUGCAAUCAACGAGUCGUAUGACAUCACUCUGGUCAGAGGAGCUGAACCAGAGAUUCAACUUCUAGCCUCAUCUUCCAGAAGAGCAGAACUGCAAGAUAUUGAUACAAAUCAAACAGUUAUGGCAACACAGUUCAUUUUCAUCAUGGCCGUUUCGGGCGCCCCAGUUGGUAACUUCUCCGCUUGCCUUGCCGUUUUGAACAAUCAAACAUGCACGAGAUAUUUGGACUUGGCUCAGGAAAACAACGAAACACUGGAAAUAGGUACUGACAUGGCACGGGCGACUGUCACCUGGAACCCACCUUCCUUUCCUGGAUGCAAUGCUCUAGUCAGGGCUGAGAUUGUACUCAAAGUCAACAGAAGCAAUGGCGAACAGCAGCCCGGUAAUGGCUAUUUCACUCUAAUUGCUCCAAAUCCUUGGAAUAACCAGCUCAACACCACCAGCACUGUUGAAGAGGUAUACUCUUUUGACAAAAGGAACACUCCAACGAAAGAAAAUGUGCCGCCAGGCUGUUCCGCAAUUGUGUUGCCAACAGAGGCAAGUACAUCUCCUACGACCAGUUUCAGUACCUCGCAAUAUGAAUCAACUUUGAUAUUGGCUCCGGCAACUGCUUCAGCGUUGAUGAUUCUGGCCAAGAAGUCCACGAAAUCCAUUGCAAGUAGUGCGCAAACAGGCGUUGUGACGUCGACGUUCGGAGAUGCGGAUGCUUCCCAGAGUGAUCGACUCUUUAGCAAUCCUCUCGUCAUUGCCCUGGUUGCCAUUAUUUCCUUGUUUGUUGCGCUCGCCACUCUUGCAUGUCUCACCAUCAUUAUACGCACCAGAAAGGCAAGGGGCAGGGCUCGCCGCCGCGGUGGCAGAGCACGUUUUGCAACAAAGAACGGAAAGCGGAGAGCUGGCCAGGUUGAUUUGUCCAGCUCGUCCGCGUGCCUGAAGUCUGGUUCCACUGCAAGCCUCUCGACUGGACCGGAUAAACGGCAGCAUUGUGCAGCCAUCAUGCCUUACACGCAAGUCGAAAGUCUGCUACAGUCGGAGUUGGCGCAAGUGGUGAAUGCCGAUUACCUGGCGGAAUUCAUUGUGGACAUCGGUAACAUUCGCAUUGCGGAAGAGGUCGGACAGGGUGCGUUUGGCAUAGUGCACCGAGGGAUUGUUCACGACCUCGAACCUGGACAACGGCAGACCGAUGUGGCGCUAAAAUUGACCAGAGAUGAAUCCGAGUACUCGUCGGUGAGGGAGAUGAGCAAGGAGAUCAAGGCGCUUGUGGAGCUUGGCCGCAGGUCACACCCCAACGUGCUCAGCCUGCUUGGAGUCUGCCUCUCCGCAUCAUCUCCUAUACUCAUCCUGGAGUUUGCAUCCAGAGGUAACUUGCUGGCCAUGCUGCGAUCACGGCGCGGUGUCUCGAAGCGAUGCAUGAAGACACAGCUGAAGAAGCUGAACAGUUUGGCUAGUGACGAUGGGUAUGGCAGCACGGCAAACAAUCUGCAGCAGCAGCAGCAGCUGCUGCAGAGCCAGCGACAGACUCCCCACAGGGCGUACACCAGUAUGCCCGACAGUGAGGAUCUCAUUCGGCCGGAGAACGUCUUGAACUUCUGUCGGCAGAUUGCGCGCGGAAUGGAAUUUCUGUCCUCUAGACAUCUUAUCCAUCGUGACUUGGCAGCACGCAAUGUCCUGGUCACCGACAACUUCACGCUGAAGAUCUCUGACUUUGGUCACUCGCGCGGUGUGGAACUCAGUGAUGGUGUGUACCAGCGCUCCACGCACAAGCACAUCCCGGUCAAGUGGCACGCCAUCGAGUCCCUGCAACGCGGGUUAUACACAGUCAGCAGUGAUGUUUGGUCUUUCGGUGUUGUCAUGUGGGAGAUAGUAACACUUGGGUGCACACCUUACCCGAGUAUGGAUACAAGCAGUCUGCUUGCCUCCCUGGCAGCAGGACACCGGAUGGAACAGCCACCAAACAGUCAGGACGACCUGUAUGACAUCAUGAGAGAUUGCUGGCUGCAUGAGCCACAGAGCCGUCCUACUUUCAGCGAGCUUGUCGAAGAUAUCACUGAUUUGCUGGAGGAUGUUGCCAAGACAACACGGGGCGUGGAAUAUCUUUGCCUGGAUGUUGAUGAGUUGUCACCCGCUUCGGAGUUCACGGAUAGUAGCAGUGACGCUGCAUCAAGCAGCAGCAGCAGCAUGCCCGAUGCUAUCAGUCCCAGCAUAGCCUUGCAGAUAGUCACGCGGCCUCAGCCGCCGAUUCAGAUAACGGAGAAGAGUCCCCGUGACAGGCAACCGCACCCCCUGAGCACCGACCGGAGAAGAUCGACAGCCGUGUGAGUGCACCUAUCGCUAUGACAAUGCCGUCGCCGCUUACUGGCAUUCCUUGCACCAGCAGUACUGGGUCAAGACUGGACGUCAAGUGCAUUCACCGGAUGUCACACACGGAUCUAGUAACUGUGCGCUGGACGUGAGCAUUCUUGCGCUAGCAUGCAUGCAGUGGGUGCAGCUAUUCACAGCAAGAUGACAGCCAAGUAUGAACUUUCAAUGGACAACACCAAUGAAUGCCGAACAAGCAAGAGUUAAAACCGAAAAGAAUCCGAGCAAAGCCGAAAAGAAGCCGAGCAAAGCAAAACAGUCCAGUCAAUCUAAAUGAAAAUGGUCACAGGUCAAUAUUUCCCUGGUCAAUAUCUCCUGUUUGUUUUGAACUAUGGUCCUACUUAAGUCUGGGUCAAGUUUAAGACCCCCUCCUCGUACAUCAUGUACCACAUGGCUACAGACUCUGUGGGCUGCUAUCAUCGCCUCAGGACUACUGCACAGAAAGGGGACGUACAGUUUGCAGUAAGCAAGACAGUUCUAAUCAAAGUUCACAUACAAUGUACCAGUUGAAGCUACACAUUUUCCGCUAUUUAUUCAGUAUCACUCUUUAUUCAGUAUCACUCUGUUUCUGUGCAAUGCACGUAUCCGGUCAAGCCCCGGAGUAUGAAUGUAUUUUAAUUGAAAGAAAUAUUCCUUUUUGGCUCUCUUUCUGCCAGAUUAGUCCCCUAUCUCCUCUCCGCCCCCCCCCCCUCUCUCUCUCUCUCUUUUCAUCUCCAUCAACCUAUCUAGCAUCUAUCUCGUAUGUCACUGCGGCAUUUUCUGGUUGUUUGGUCCCACUGCUCGACACAUCCGUAAUUAUACUGGCCAAACGUAUCCAAUAUUUACAACUACUUCGAAGUAGCUACUCAGUAGCUGCCUCUACCGCCAUAGCCUACUCACUCCUCUACUGCCAUAGCCUACUCACUCCUCUACUGCCAUAGCCUACUCACUCCUCUACUGCCAUAGCCUACUCACUCUUCUACUGCCAUAGCCUACUCACUCCUCUACUGCCAUAGCCUACCCACACCUCUACUGCCAUAGCCUACUCACUCACACCAAUCCUACAAUCUCGCGUCUGCACCCUGUAUGCAUAUCAACUAUCCACAUCAUCAGCAAUCCCUGAAUACUCAGCAUAGCCAUAUCACUGCUAGUGACACCAAGAGUUCAUGGGGGUUAUGAACUCUUGGUGACACCCAUAGCGACCUAUCAUGACUCACACAUCUUGACUCCGCACCCAGCCCCCACACAAACACCAUUAUCAUGUUGUCUGAGGAUUGCAUGGUUGUGCAUGAAACUCCGAGUUACAUUGUAGUUGUAACAAUCCGAUUGAUUAUAGUUUAUACGUUA